AUUCGAGUCCCGUUACCUCAUGGCUCUAUUCCAGCGAGAGGCGUUCUGAGACCAGACAGUGGACCCAGAGCUCAGGAGCAGCAGGAGCAGCAAACCCCUCCACCGUUCAGCCAGGAACCCACCAAAGAGCCUCCUCCAAACACCUCGGUGUCCCUCCACACGGAUUUAGAUCGUCUUUAUCCCUCUUUUAUUCUGUGAUAAGGACAUUAAACUGACCCUCGGGGUGUGAGACUGAUACUGACGGCAGGUGACCAGCCAAGGAGGGAUUAAAAACACGGUUUUAUUUUGGCUGUUGGCAGGUGAAGCAGGUGAUGACAGGUGAAAAGCCGGUGGUCCCGGUGGUUUCCAUGGUGAACGGGAAGCAUGGGGAGGACGUGGAGGCUUCGCAGGGGAACACCGUGCAUGAGCGCGGUCAGUGGGCCAGUAAGGUGGAGUUCAUGCUGUCGGUGGCUGGAGAGAUCAUCGGGCUCGGGAACGUGUGGAGGUUCCCAUACCUCUGUUACAAGAACGGAGGAGGAGCGUUCUUCGUGCCUUACGUCAUCUUCUUUGUGUGCUGUGGGAUCCCCGUCUUCUUUUUGGAGACAGCGUUAGGACAGUUCACCAGUGAAGGUGGAAUCACAUGCUGGAGGAAAGUGUGUCCACUCUUUGAAGGCAUCGGCUAUGCAACUCAGGUCAUCCAGGCUCAUCUUAACGUUUACUACGUGGUUAUUUUGGCGUGGGCGAUCUUCUACCUUUUCAACUGCUUCGCCAGGGAGCUGCCCUGGGCCUCGUGUGGUCACUACUGGAACACAGAAAACUGUGUGGAUUUCAACAAUGCCAGCAUGGCAAACGUCAGCAACCCCUACGCCACCUCACCGGUCAUAGAGUUUUGGGAGCGACGCGUGCUCAGUAUAUCUGAUGGAAUCGAGCAUGCUGGGAAGCUACGCUGGGAGCUGGCGCUGUGUCUCGCUAUAGCCUGGGUCAUCUGUUACUUCUGCAUCUGGAAAGGACCGAAAUCAACCGGCAAGGUGGUUUACGUGACGGCAACCUUUCCAUACUUCAUGCUGGUGAUCCUGCUUAUCCGAGGAAUCACCCUUCCUGGUGCAGCCGAUGGAAUCAAGUUCUACCUUUACCCGGACAUCUCACGUCUCUCCGACCCACAGGUGUGGGUUGAUGCUGGAACUCAGAUCUUUUUCUCCUACGCUAUCUGUCUGGGGUGUCUGACCGCUCUGGGUAGCUAUAACAGCUACAAUAACAACUGUUACAGGGACUGUGUGAUAUUGUGCUGUUUGAACAGUGGUACGAGCUUUGUGGCAGGAUUUGCCAUCUUCUCUGUGUUGGGUUUCAUGGCCUAUGAGCAGAACGUACCCAUCGAGGCCGUGGCAGAGUCUGGACCGGGUCUGGCCUUCAUAGCGUAUCCUAAAGCCGUUACCAUGAUGCCGUGGUCUCCUCUGUGGGCCUGCCUCUUCUUCAUGAUGCUCAUUUUCCUCGGUCUCGACAGUCAGUUCGUGUGCGUGGAGAGUCUGGUGACGGCCGUGGUGGACAUGUACCCCAAAACAUUCCGAGUGGGAUAUCGCAGAGAGCUUCUCAUCUUAGGAAUGUCCAUAACUUCGUUUAUUUUGGGGCUAACGAUGCUGACUGAGGGUGGAAUGUACGUCUUCCAGUUGUUUGACUAUUACGCUGCCAGCGGGAUGUGUUUGCUCUUCGUAGCCAUCUUUGAGUCCGUCUGCAUCGGCUGGGUCUACGGUGGUGACAGAUUUUAUUCAAACAUCGAAGACAUGAUCGGCUACAAACCCGUCUUUUUCCUCAAGUGGUGCUGGAAAAUCCUCACACCCGGGAUCUGCUCCGCAAUUUUCCUUUUCUUCCUGAUCAAAUACAAACCCCUGAAAUACAACAACGUGUACACGUAUCCAGACUGGGGUUACGGUAUCGGCUGGACCAUGGCGAUGUCCUCGAUGGUGUGCAUCCCUCUGGGCAUCGUCGUUCAGAUCUGGAAAACAAAAGGAACCUUUAUGGAGAGAAUCAAGAAGCUGACCACCCCGAGCGCCGAUCUGAGGAUGAGAGGGCACGUCAGCACCAAGAGCCCCUACGCUGUCAACGACGCUGAUGCCAAAGUCAGAGGGGAUGGCAAACUCUCCACCAUCACGGAGAAAGAGGCGCAUUUCUGAAGCUGAAGCGCCGACCGGGGACGCGCCCGCAGCCACCAGGAUGGGAAAGGAAAAGAACUCAAAAGUUGCCUUGAUUAUCGGUGAAGUGAAAACGAUUAUAAACGAUUAUAAGUGAUUAUAAAUGAUUAUAAGUGAUUAUUACCUUUCUAGUCUUGCCCUUUUGCACAAAUGAUUAACACAUCCAUCACAAGUUAACAUCACCAUUAAAAACGUUGCCAGUAUUGGAACCUAGACUGUUAUCUUGUGUAUUUCUGUGACACUAGUGAUUAGUGAAGCCAGGGUGAAAACGUGCUGUAAAGUUCUUUUCUUCUGCAGUUUGAAUUUUGGCGAGGCUGUGUACGAUUUUAUUGUUGCUAAUGUUUAGAUCCAUUCACGGACCAUUCCAAAAUUUGCAGGGACAUGUGUGAAGCCUUUUUUUUUAUUGGUCGGUUAGCACCAGCCUUGGGGGGCGGGCGUGACUCAGCGGACUCGUUCUCCGCGGUGUUCAUAACAUUAGAUUUUACGUUUACAUUUUCGGCAUUUAGCAGACGCCUUUAUCCAAAGCUACUUACAGUACUGUUACAGUAUACAGUCUGCACAACUAAGGGUUAAGGGCCUUGCUCAAGGGCCCAACAGUGUCAGCCUGGCUGUGGUGUGGUUUGAACCAGUGACCUCCUGAUUACUAGUCCAGUACCUUAACCACUAGGCUACAACUUGCCCAUUAACGUCAGUUUUCUGUUGUUGAUCUGGGUCGGGUCAGUGAAAUGAUUAGCAGGUUUGCAGGUAUAUUGUUGAUAUGCUGGUAGUCCAGGGCAAGUUCACAGCAAGAGAUUAGGGAAGGCCCUUUCCUGUUCCAGCAUGGCCCCUGUACACAAAGCAUGCAGAAAAGUUCACUUUAAAUCAACUCUGGUGGCCUGAACCGAAACAUCAGAACAUCGCCCAGCCACAUAAAUGCUGCCGUAUUUUGACUGAACGGGCACAAAUUCUCACAGACAUACUUCAAACUGUUGUGAGAAGCCUUCUCAAAAGAUCUCUCACACAGAGGUCACUCUGUGUCCAUCAACCUCAUGGUGAGCUGUCCAAAUACUUUUGGCCAUAUAGUUUAUUAUUAUUUUGACUAAAAAUGCAUCAAAUUUGAUCAGGGGUGGAACAGUGGGUGCGGAAUGUACCUGGUACAAGUUGUAAAAGUGUAAGAGUCUUUUAUUAUCUUUUUUGGGACUGGCGACUGAUUCGGAAACUGAAGCAUCGCAUAGUUGGUGUUAUAACGCUGAUAUACGUGAACUAGCUUCCUCAUUGUUUAACGCUCGCCCUGGAUUAGGAACAGGAGGUCGUUUACACCUUUUAUCCUGAUAUAUAAACGUGUGCAGGCCACCGGACCGACGUUUGGCCUCUUCUGCAGCCCUGUGGCCCCAACAUGAAAAUUUGUGUUUGAGUAUUUAGGUUAUUAAUAUGAUCCUGUUCGAGGCCGGCACACACGCGUGUGAUUUUUGGUAUGGUCUGUUUCAUCAUGACACGUCACCUGUUUGUGCAAGUAAACCAUUUAAAGUUUUAAUAUUUAACUUCUGAGACUUCUCAGUGUAUAUUUUUACAUCUGCUUAGUUUUGAUCCUCCACCAGUUUCUGAGGGAUGAAAUUUAAAAGAGGGUGUGUUUCUUCUGGGAUGACUUUUUAUAUGUCGCUCAGCACGAUGUUCCUAUAGAGAUUUUAAUGCGAGUGUUCUAUGUCGUCUCUGUUCGCACAGAUUUCGGUCUUCACAGGACGCACGAAUGAUCUGCUUACUCAUUUUUAAAAAUAAAAGUACAAAAGAAA